AUGGAAUUCAUUAAUAAACUGGGAUAUAAAGCGGGAUUCGUGCCUAUGGGCGAUGUCAACGCUCAGAAACGUUGCUACGCUUAUAUUGGCCGGGCUAUUGACACCAUUCAAACCAGAAUAAACGACCUACCACCUGUUGAAAACGAGCCGGGUGUCCCUCCAGGAACCGACGAAGCGUCUCUACUGAAAAACGAGAUCCGAGUGUUCCAGAAUACCCGGGACCUUGUCGAAGCCUCAGAGGGCAAGUACAACUGGAAAAAGGCCCAUAUGUUCUGGGAGUACUGGGACAAAAUCAAGCAUGAUGUUGUCGAGGUCGUCGAGGGCAGAGAUAGUGACACCACCCUCAAGAAAGCCAAAAUCGACGAAUUAGAGGAGGGCCGCUACGACCCCACCGAGUAA